AUGACGACUUUUACUGACGAAGACCUGGACCAUUAUUUACAGAAUCAGGUGGACCUCAGACAUCGUCAGGUCUCAAAAUCUGUCGAGGAGGUGCAAAAAAUAGUCAAAGAAUUAACUACUGAGAUCAGCUCAAAGGAUACACGCUUUCAUUCCAUUACCAACACAGGAGUUCACAAUAACAGCUUCAAAGAUCAUCCUGCUCUAGCAUCCAAAUGGGCUGCAUUACUCCAGGGAAGGGCUACUUUCAAUCCUGCCAUUCAGGUGCUGACUCCCACUCUGUUCCUGAUUUCUGUGCCAGUACGGGGCCUGACAGGUUAUAAAGAGAGACGGACACGUCAGUGGCGAUAUUACACGCUGAGUGGUUCACAGCUUCUUUCACCAGUUCGAGAACCAGAGAAGUUGCACCAGUGGCUGGAACUGGAAAGUUUUACUAACCCCAUUCAGGAGUGGCAUGAUACCCGUGUGGCAAUUGAAGGUGAUCUUGUGCCAACAAAAGUAGUGAGUGUCUUUAAGGAGCAGUUAGAGGCAGCUAUUAAGACCUGUGGUCUGACAGAGAAAUUGAGCAUACAGGAGUCAUUGGGCUCAGUGGUACGUGUAGUAGUGGAGAUAUCAGAUGGACAGAUUGAAGUGGAGCUGGUACCCACGGUGGAGGUGAUGAACUGCUGGCCCAAAAGAGCCCGCUGGCCUCGUCUACUACAGAGGUGGCCUUCUGCAGAGUGCACUCGCUGUAUUAAGUCUUUCGGCUUCAACCUCAUGGCAACUUCUAAUUACCACUGGCUGCUCUCAUUCUCACGGGCAGAGCAGGUGCUGCUGGCUGGUAUAGAUGAGGAUGGUGGCUGUCGGCGCAAGUGUUAUAGGGUGGUGCGACAGCUGAAGGAGGAUAUAUGGUGUCCAGGGAGCAAACCUGUCAUCACUACCCACCAUUUACAAACUCUGCUGUUCUGGACAUGUGAGAAGUAUCCAAGCACCAAGGAUUGGUGCAACUUACGAGAGUGUGUGCUACGUUUGGUGCAGAAGCUGCAUAAAUGUGUGUCACAGCGCUACCUCAGGCACUAUUUUGUGUGCGCCUACAACCUACUGAAAUACACCAACACAAACGAGCUAGAUGAUAUGGCCAAGAAGAUCUCAGAGUUUCUCAACAAUCCAAGCACCUAUAUUCAUUAGCAACUCUUUUUGCUUCUCAUACAA